UCUCGCACGACGGGCUUUUUCUUCAUUUAUAGACUUAUUCAUUGAGGAAAAACUUUUUCGGAAUCGUACACAUUUUAAGAAACAUGUUUUUAAUUGUUUUCUAACCGUUGCUGGUAUGUCCUCGACAGAUAUUAAGAAGGGCAUACCUACUGAGAGGAUGGAAGCAAAGAGUAGCAGUGAGGGUGGCUCGACGAUUGUAAUAUCUACUAGUAAAGCUACGACGAGCGAACCAGAACAAACGUCCGAUCGCGAGGAUCGCGCAUGGAAAGCGUAUUUCGCUCAAACUGACGCUCCUCUAACAUCUACUCUACUCACACAAGUCAAUGGGGAAGAUUCUAACAUGGCUUCUACUUUAGGGUUCUUGUACGAUUAUUAUGGAGUAACGGAGGAUCCCAACCAACCUUCCUCACCUGGGGCUACUCCUGUUUCUCCAUCGAACCAAUCAAAUAACAGCCAUACUAAUAACAGCGACUCUGAGCCCAGUUCUCCAACACACACAGAGUCUCCCUUAACUUAUCUUCAUCCUGUUCAUCAAAUCAAGAGCCAACAGUCAAACAAUUCAAAAGGUGCUUCGACUUCUUCUGAUUCAGGACCAAUAUUAAAGUCAGAAGCUCCAAGAGACAAAUGUGCACAGGGAGGCCAAGUCAUACAGCACACAAAAAGCUUACCAAGCAGCAGCCAGCCCAGUCGAGCCAUUGUAUCACAACCAAUUUCAUUUCCACCUGGUUCCUCCAACAGCAAAUCACCUGCGUCUGUGUCAGAUGUCUCAUCUAUUUCUCUGAGCCAGACUCCUCCAGAGGCUUACAACUUUGGCCCAUACGCUGCUGCUUUCAAGGCAACACCAACAGUUUUCUCGGCUCAAGACAAGUAUACUUAUGUUCUUGAAGCACCAACAUCCAUUAUACAGAGGAGAGGAGAUGACUCUCUGACUUAUGUUAACAAAGGCCAGUUCUAUGCUAUAAACUUUGAAGGGAAUGUUGAUCCACCAGUUUCUGAGGGUGAUAUCUUAAGGGUCAAGUCAGUAAUUCACCUUGUAUUUCGGGAUGAGAAAGAUCCUAGGACAGAGUUAGAACACUGGCAUUAUUGGCACAGUCAACAACCAAACCCACAGCAAAGGGCUUUUGAUGUUGAUCGCAAGUCAUGUCAGAACAUUGAUGAGAACAUUGAUGACUUAUCAUACAAUGCAGCAGGGUUUGUUUGGAGUCCUCAUGUUAAUGCAAAGAUAGUUCUCCGCAUAAACUGUUUGAGUACAGACUUUUCACCUCAGAAAGGAGUAAAGGGUAUUCCUCUUCACCUUCAAAUUGAUACUUAUGAGGAUCCUGAGUCGUCGGAUGCUGAGCCUGUCCAUAGAGCAUUCUGUCAAAUAAAAGUAUUUCGCGAUAAGGGUGCAGAGAGAAAGAAUAAAGAUGAAUCCAGAUCAGCUGAGAGGCGAAUGCAAAAAUGGAUGAAACAAAACCCCAUUGGCUCAGAAUCCUCAAUGAUUUCUCCUACGCACCUGUUUCACCCACCCAGUAAAUUCACCCAGUUACUGGCAACCACGCCCUUGGGACCCAAGCCUGUGCUGUUUACCCCUGUCUUGGGGACACCAGGGAAUAUCCUACCCUCUGGAGACCCUGUCAUCCAGACAUCAUCACUAUUAGCAACCAUAAGAGAAAGAGAACACAAGAGGACAAUCCAAACAGCUCUCGCUGUUGCUAAGGAGGAAUUGGCUGAUCUGGAGGUGGUACCACGGAUGAAAGUCCAACGAGUCCACAGACUUGAUAGACCAGCGGUUACAAUCUACGUGAAGAAGGACGAAGAAAAAGUUUAUAAUGCACUGAUGCUAAAACAGCUGACAGUCAAAGAACUGGUCAACCAGAUUGCAGACAAAUACAACAUGCCUCCAGACAUGAUCAAAAGCGUGUACAAGAAAACCAAGAAAGGAAUUCUAGUAAACAUGGAAGAUCGCAUGAUUGAAAUGUUUGUAGAUGAGGAUGACUUCAUUAUCAACCUUGAUUUUGAUAACCAACUUGGUCACUUUGAACUGACGCUGAGAUACUAAACAAUACCAGCCCUAGGAUUCAGUCUUUGCCGCUGGUAACAGGGUAACCACAGUCAAACAUUGCUCAAUGUUUGUCAUUUUUAGCACCAUUAGUAUAAUUUGGUGUUUGUUUAAUAUAACUUCAAAACUCAACCAUACAAAGACAUCGUAUUAUGAAAUACAGUACAUACAUACCUUUGUAUAAGUUUUUUAAUCAAUCUUUUCAGACAUUUAAUUCGUUCAUUUUUAUUUAGAAUAGCUUAAUUUCUAAUUGUAGUGCAUAGAGUGAUAGUAAGGUUCAGGAAAUAGUUAUUCAGGUUUUGUGUAUAUAUAAAAAUGAAAAGACUUCCAACUCAUUUAUUUAGUGUCAUUUAAUAAUAACUUAUGUUUCUCUAAAAAAAUUACAACAAAUCUUAACAAAACAUUUUUUCAUAUUUAUUUUCUUUUCAAAAAUUGUGUAUUUUUGUUGGCCAUUAUUUAAAAAACUUUUAUUUUUGUUAAACUUUGUGGUGAUGGAGUAGACUCACCUAGUGAUCCGCCUUGGAUCGUUUAUUCAUUAUCUUGUUCAACGAUUUCAUACUCUAUCACAGGAGUGUAGCCAGGAUUUUGCCUUGGGAGGGGAGGGAGGCAAAAACUAUUUUCAGAAUAUUGGUAAGUCGAACUUGUCAUGUGACUACAUAGAUGUUAAGGUUUAUACAGGGUGAGGAUGCGAGGGGGUGGGUCCUGUUGGCCCCCAUGGCUAUACCCCUGUAUCACUAGGUGUAGUUCUUCCAUGUACUACUGUAGGGCUGUAAAACGUCCUUAUGUCAAAUCUGUUGUUACAUACAACAGUAUUUGUAUAAAUAAUUUAACUAUGCAAAGCGAUUCUGUUUAUCCUAUAAGAUACUGAUAGAUAUUAAGGGGUUUCAUUUAUUGUUGGUCAGAGAUUGGAGAAUGCUCUAUUAAACUAAGCAAGAUUCUCUGGAUUAAACUACCAUGACCUUCUAUUAUUCCAAAACUUAUGGAUCUAAUAGACAUUAAUAAGCAUUAUUUUUAUCUUAGAGUGAAGUCACUAAACCUGUGAAAUAGAUAUAACACCAAUGCACAUUAGUAGACCCUAAUUCCAUCGUUUUCUUUUGUGUCUACUUGACGUUUUACAUGUCGACUAACAUUUUUUAUUUCACGGGCUAAAUGCCUUCACUGUAAGAGUGUUUUCCAUUUUAUUUCAGAGUUUUUCAUUUUAUUGCACAGAUGAAAUCACUCUUCUUCCCUCCAUGAAACAGAAGCUACCAUUAUCUAUUUAAUUUAGAAAAACUAAACAUACCGGUAGUGGUAUUAGUGUCCAUCAAAAUGCCAUUUCAUGGAGGGAAGUAAAACAUCGUUUUAUAUACUCUGGUAAAAUCAUAAUCAUCAAACAACAUAAAUAUGCAUUAUAUAUAUUAGAGUAACAAAGGUGAAGGGAAAACAUUUAUAUCAUCUAAACUUCUUCUGCCCCUAGUACUUUGAAGGAGCAGUUAAUGUUAUGAACCAUUAACCAUUGAGUAAAAUAGCACUGUUUACAAAUAGAAAACAGAAAUUUGCACAACUUAUUAAUAAUUAGUUUUACUACUUGUCCUCGUCUUUACCAUUAGCAUUCCACUAUUCUAGAUUUGCUCUUAAUUUUCUUGUCCUAUCUGUAUUCAUAUUUUCAUUUAUUUGUACUUUAAAUUUAUGAUAACCCAUUACAGUGAAGAUUUGACUGAGAUUUUUCUAAACUUGUUUUGGAGUGAGUUUUUUUAAAUCUGUGUGUUUCAUGGUGAGUCAAAUGUAGAUUCCCUUGCUCAGAUACCAGCCUGUGGCCUCUUGACAAUGGUCAAUCCAAGGUUUCAGUCUCAAAUUGUGCUUCUCAUCCACUACUGUGUUAGGUUGAGAAAGCAUUCAUCCUUUCGCUUGCUCUCUGUGUCUCUCAAUGGAAAACCUGGAGAGCAAGCAAAAGGACAACAGUUACUGUUUUCUCAGGCUUCUGCCUUUUUAGCUUAGGCUUCAAAACUGCAUGGUUUUUUGCAAGGUAGUAACAGUGGUAUAGUUCAAUACUCCAUUUUACAGUUUCAUUCAGUGACCAGGAAUAAUAGUUCCAAGUUGAGGCUGGAGUUUCUGUGCAUAGCAAAACUAUACUUUUUAUCAUGCUGUCAACUCCAACCUCGACUUGCAGCUGUUAUUCAUGUUCACUGAACAGAACUGUAAAAUGGAGUAUUUUAGGUGCAAUGACAAUACAGUCACAUUUACUUGGCAUUUCUGUCAAAGAAAACGGUGACCAUUGUUUAUCUAUCUUAUUGUACUAAACUAGUAAUGUUAUGUGAAAUCUUGUACAUUUUUAUGAGUAAUAUUAAAUGUAGUCUCUAUUUAUACUGAUACAAAACGUACAGUUGAUUUUAGAUGUGUUAAAAGUAACUUCUCUCUAUAUAUAUGUGUGUGUGUGUGUGUGUGUGUGUAUUUCUUCUUUUAAUAUUGUCAUUCAAAAUAGUUUAGAAGCUAGCUCACUUUUUGGGCUCCCUGUGCUCUCUGCAACAAGCAGGGAUAAGUAGCCCCCCCUCCCAAAUGGAGCUGUCAAAGGAUUGAGUGGCCAGUGGCUUCAUGCAUGGACUAUCCUGGACAAUUUUCAGCAAACAUACUUGGUUUUAGUUCAGUUUAGAAACUUUAAUAUAUCUGUAUUAUAUUCAUGUUCAUAAUAAAAAUAAAUGAUCAGUGUAUAUGUACAUGCAA